GAUCAAUUCGAAUAAUGGUUUUCGUUGUUUCUUUUUAGAUCAAUUCGAAUAAUGGUUUUCGUUGUUUCUUUUUAAAAUUAGAUUAAAUUCUUACUUGAUACUACAAUUUACAAUACUUGAUACAAUUUUCAUGGUGUGAUGUGAUGCUUGUGUUACCAUUCCGUGAGGCGUGAAUGAGAUCAAUCAAAAAUGAAUGUUACUGCAUCAUUAUCAAAUUUAUGUAGACUAUGUUUGGAGGCAGACCAAGCAAAUAUUCCAAUAUUCAAAGAAAACGAAGCCGGUGCAUGCGAAUUAUUUGACAAAAUAUCAACUUGCCUUCCAGUAAAACUCACAGAAGAUGACCGUUUACCGAAAAAUAUCUGCAGCACUUGCCACAAUAGUGUAGAUUUCGUUUACAACUUUUGGCAAAUAUCAUCGAAUACGGAGAAACAACUGAAAAGUAUGGUAGAAAAUGCCGAACGAAUCAGCAACGAUUACGAAGUACAGGAAUGUUCUAUUGACGCUAGUCCAGAAAACACACUGAUCUUGUACGAAACGUUAGAGGAUAAAGAUGCCAUCGAAGAGAGAGACGACGAAGAAAUACCAGAUUCCAGCAAUAUCGAAAUUAAAGAGGUGUAUUUUGGCGAGUACUUGAAUCAGUGUGAUACCAUUGAGGAUGAGAAUACCGUGCUCAUUAACGAAGAAUCGCCUAAAACCAAACCAAGCACAUUAGCUAGCGAAAUUCUUUUAACUAACGUUAGUGAAGAUGCAGCGACGCAAUCCAAUAAUGUUGAAGAUAUUCAGAUUAGUCAGAUUGUUGAAAGCAGCAACGUAUCAUUGAGGGAAUGGAUGUCAAAGAACGAAGAUACGGAUAUGUCGGCAGAAAAGUUUCUGGAUAUGAUAUUAGUUAAAGCCGAACCGAAACCAGAUAACAAUCCGUAUUCGUGCGUUAUAUGCGGAGAAGAUUGCGUAAACGAGGAAAAAUUGAUCGAACAUGCUCGAGUUCAACAUAAAUCUCAUAAAUGCCCAUUUUGCAAUAAAAUCUUCGCCCAUAAAUACGUUCUGGAGAAUCACCUGUAUGUGCAUACAGAUAAACGAAAACAUCCGUGUUCUCAAUGUGCGCUGUCUUUCAAACGUGAAGUCGAUUUAUUGAAUCAUGUUAAACGAACCCACGCCAGGAGCGAAGUUAUUCUAUAUCGAUGCGAUAAAUGCGAUUACACGUCUAAAAAUCGGUUCGGCAUCAAAGUGCACAUAUUAGCCCACGAUGGUAUUUCGAUAUACAAUUGCGACGAAUGCGGUAAAGGAUUCAGCUCAAAAGCCGGGCUAAGAACGCAUAAAAAUAAUCACAUGGGUAUCAAACCGUUCCAGUGUGACAUUUGUGGAAAUAGUUUCACCAGAGGACCGUAUUUGAAACAGCAUCGGCAAAUGGUGCACGAAAAUCCGCAUUCGUUCAAAUGCGAUAUCUGUUACCGAGGAUUUUCGUUAAAAUCCACGCUGAAAAAUCAUUUAAAAUUGCACACCGGCGAAAAUAAAAUUCUCACUUGUGACAUGUGUGGUAAAACGGUAUCUAGUAGAAACGCGCUCAUAAAUCACCAAAGAAUACAUACCGGUGAUAAACGAUUCUCGUGCAAUAUUUGCGGUAAAGCUUACGUUACCAAAUUACAAGUUAAAAGACACGCCUACGUUCAUACCGGCGAGAAACCAUUCUCUUGUAAUAUCUGCCAGAAGAAAUUAGCCACCGGAAGCAGCCUCCUGCAGCAUAUGCAAACACAUUGGGAAAAUCGCGCCUCAUAUUCUUGCAAUAUUUGCCACAAGCAGUACAUCUCCAAGUACAAACUACGUUCGCAUAUUUCCACUUCUCAUCAAGAAAAAAUUCUCGAGUCAGAUAGCUGUACUAUCGAACAAAUAGAAUCAGCAUUUUUGAGAAAUGAUUUAGUAAAAUGCAUACAUGAGAAGAACAUACCGCUGAAGAACGAACCAAAAGAUAUAGAUAAUUCUGAAUACGAACUGGAAGAUUUUAAGAAUUCGUACAACUGUCACUUGUGCUACAAAGUCUUUCAAAAAGAAGACCAAUUAAACGAGCAUUUGACUAAAAUGCAUCGCUGCUUCAAAUGUCCAAUUUGUCAGAAAAGUUUCGGUCGCGCUGCUAAUUUAAGAUACCAUAUGAACGUUCAUAAAGAAUUUAAGGACGUGAAAUGCGAAAAAUGCGGAUCGUUUUUCAAAUCUGUAAGCGACGUACGAACGCACAUGAAACGCGUACACGCUGAUCCGAAAACAAUGGUGCAGCUUAGAUGUUCACAUUGCGAGUAUGUAACGCCUUAUUAUAGUCGUCUAAAGAAGCAUAUGCUGAGACACUCCAAUACUUAUUUGCACUACUGCGAAGAAUGCGGUAAAGGAUUCAAUCAUUCGUUGGAUUUGCAAACGCAUAUCAACAAUCAUAAAGGAGUUAAGCCUUACCAGUGUGAAAUUUGCGGGAAAAAUUUCAAUCGCGAGUCGUACAUGAAAAGGCAUCGCGAAUCUGUGCAUGUUCAGCCCUUUUCGUACGAAUGUGCCUAUUGCCAGAAAAGAUUCUCGUUCAAAUAUUCCUUAAAAUCUCAUAUCAAGGUUCAUCAGGGAAUAAUCACUCAAUACCCUUGUGAUUACUGUCCGAAAAAAUUAUCUACCAAGUUGUCUCUUCGUAAUCACAUUCGACUGCAUAAUGACGAGAGACCUUUCAAAUGUGACAUUUGUGAUAAGCGAUAUACUACGAACGGCGAAUUGAAGUCGCACUCUUUUAGCCAUGUUAACGAAAAACCAUUUAGAUGUGAAAAAUGUCCUAAAACUUUCAGAGCAGCCUUCAUGUUGAAAAAUCACAUGACCAUUCAUGCAACUUCUAGGGAGCAGAUUAAGUGUUCGUUUUGUGAAAAAAUGUAUUAUAGAGAAAACUCGUUGAAAAAACAUGUGCAAAAACAUCAUAAAACUGAAGCCACCGAUAGGCACAUGGUAUCCGAAAAUGUAACGUUACCUACCUAGGUUCUCGAACGAUAGAUGAUUUUUUUGUGGACGAUGGUUUUUUUUUCAUUUAUAAAGUGGCAAAGUCUUGCAUUCUUUUUUGUUUUUUAAUUUUUAUCAUGAAUCAUGAUGUUUUUCAAGUACUGUGAUGCUGUAUUGUAACUUAAUUUAUGAUUUUUUUACUAUGGACUUUCUCGAAUAUAAUUUUCGCUACCUA